AUGAUCCCAAACCAGAUUCAAUUAUAUUUGAACAAGCGGAAAGUGAUAGUUCUAGCCAUGGGGCUGAAGGACUCAAGGUAUUUUAAGGUGAUGAUGAGUGUAAGGGUUAGCUCUUAUGAGAAAGGUUUCGAUUGUUCGACCGCCUCUGGUGGAAACUCCACCGCUCAACCCAUUGAUAAGAUCCUCCGACAAAUCAAGGAAAAAGCCUUUGAUGUUGAUUUAAUUGAAGUGCUAGAAAAUAAUAAUCAUGCUUUCUAUAACAUCACAAAUUUUCUGAAACAGAUGGAUAUUCUAAAGGUUUACCUAGAGGCUGUACACAACAUUUUCGAACUCAGAUUUUUUCUGGGCCAAGUUUCUGCAAAUCUCUUGCGUAAGCAAGAAGUUUCAACUAAGUUUGGAACCAAACUAGAAACCCAAGUGAAGAGUGUGAUGCGGCCGAUGAAUCUACCAACAAGGUUGAAUAGUUGGAGAAGUCUUUUCGCUGAGCAAAAAGGAAUUCAAAGAUUGUGCUGCCAACAUAUUCGCCCGGGAAGAACAAAUCAAAAUGAUGCAAGCUAA